AUGCUAGUAUUAGAUUAUGUGCAGAUAAACUAACACUCAAAACUUAUGCUCAUAAAAUUUACAAUAAAUCUACUAUCUCUUCUAAUCCUUAAAAGUCCAUACUUUUCAUAUACUUCAAAUGAUCAAACAUCCAAAUAUUAUUAAUAUUUAAUGUAGUCGAGACAUAAUUUACUCUUAGAAUAUAUAGAUGGAAAGAAUUAAAUACUCUAAGAGGAUAUAAUUUAAAAUAAGCUUUAGAUUAAUAGCAUCAGUAAUAAAUUAUUUACAUUUUAGGCUCAUUACUCAUAGAGAUGUCAAAAAUGAAAACAUACUUUAUUCAAAUGAUUAAGUACACUGUUUUCUAAUUCAAGAAAAAAAAAGAUCUAUUGUGAAAAUCCUAGUUCUAUGGCUCCAGAAAUUGUUAUAAAAAAUAUUACAGUGCCAACCUGCUAAUAUUUGGGCUUCUGGAAUUGUCAUCUUUUAUUUAACUCAAAAAAAAAGGUUAAUUCUCAUUCAAAGGCUCAAAGGAUAAUGAAUUAUUUUAAUUGAUAUUUUAUUCCAAAAUUAACUUUCAUUCAAUUAACGAUCACUACUUACAAGAUCUAUUAUGUUAAAUAUUAUAGUUUGUUCCUUAGGAUCGUAUCUCUGCAGCUAGAGUAAGUUUCCUUUCUUUAGAUUAUUUUGCAUCCUUGGUUUCUAGAUUAUGUAAAGCCAGUUAGUAAAUCUCAAUAAUCUGGCUUGACUAAAAUUAACUAAGUCAACCCUUAUCAAUAAGAUUAAUCUACAGUUAAGAAAAAUGA